GUACUUUCACUUUGUCAAGAACAUCAACUGUCAUGGCAGUUUGUGUAGCUGUCAUUGCAAAAGAGAACUACCCACUGUUUAUCAAGAGCAUCCCGACCGACAAUGAGUUGAAGUUUUACUACACUGUGCACACCUCCCUGGAUGUGGUAGAGGAAAAGAUUUCCUCGGUGGGAAAGAAUACAAAUGACCUCCGUGAACUCUACCUCGGUCUGCUGUACCCCACAGAGGACUAUAAAGUAUAUGGCUAUGUCACAAAUACAAAAGUGAAAUUCGUCAUUGUCGUAGAAUCUGUUAAUUCCAAUUUGCGUGACAAUGAAAUAAGAAGUAUGUUUCGAAAAUUACAUAAUGCAUAUGUGGAUAUGUUGUGUAAUCCUUUCUAUACACCAGGAGAAAAUAUUACGUCACAGACAUUUGAGAAUGUAGUUAUGUCCAUGAUGCACGACUAGCAGUGAUGUGGGACCAGAAUUGUUUCCUGAGUUUGUGGAUUGUGCAAUAAAAAUGUUCAUAGCUGUACAUAGUCAACUCUAUCACAUCAAUAAAUAUCAAAACACUU